UCAGCAACGAAGAACUGGCGAUUGCUCUGGAAACGUUAAGUACAAAUGUUGGUCUUUCAUAUCGCCAUGCCCUGCAAGUACUCGGUAACUACAGCGAGCUGAUGGCCAGUUCGCUGCCGCUGUGUCCCCAGGACGGAUUUCCCAGCUGCGCCAACUGCAAACCCGGAACCGCUCGUGACAGCCUAGUGAUGACGCAGUGUUGCUUUGCGCACAACUGGGCUUGGGUGAAUAAUCAAUCCCUCCGCGACGUUUACCCGUAUAAUUUAUAUCUGGAUCCGGUGACCAACACCGGUGCGGAGCUUCAGCGAGACAUACACCUGACAGAACCUGAUCGCUGGCAUUCGGAUCCAUGCACCGGCGAGCCAGCUGACUCCAUUCCCAAUGGUCCCUACAUUCCAUGGCGCAAGAGAAAGCCGCAACUGAUCGAAACAGUUAUUGAUUCUCAAGGAAAGACUUACAAACUUAUCCAGUAGGAUUCGUGGACAAUCGAUCGGUUAAG